AUGGGUUCAACCACUUCCAAAGUAGAUGCUGGUGCAGAAAAACAACAAGUGUACACCCCGCUUACACAGAUCGAUUUUUCACAGUCUUUAGUUUCUCAAUUGGAUUCAUCGAAGGAAUCAGACUAUGUCACAAAGCAAAAUGCAGAAAAAUUCAUUGAAAAAAAAGUUGCACAAAGACUGUCUAACCUAGAAGUCGAAACGCUAAAGAAGUUUGAAGACACUUUGAACAAUUCACUAUUAUCAGACGACGAUAAGGAUGUCGUUGAUGGAGUAUCAUCAAAUUCAUUGAACAGUCAGAUUGAGUCAUUAAACAAGAAAUUAACAUUAUUCGACCAAUUAGAGUUACAAAAGUUGGAGAAAUACGGUGGUGCCAAGGGUAAAUCUGAUAACAAAAAAGACAACGGCAAUGUUUCUAUAAAGACAAAAUUGACUGAGUGUCUUUUGGCCAAUAAGGGCAAACCAUUGAAUUGUUACGAGGAGAUGGAAGAAUUCAAAAAACUCGUUAUGGGUUGA